UCCCACCUUUAAUGAAAACCCAUAGGACUUUCCUCAGUUAAGUGUGUCACAGUACCUUGGCAGGCAUGAACCAUACAUAAAAUAGUCACGUACACGUCAACUAAUAUUGAUACUUAAGAAUAAACAAACGGCCUUAGACAUAUCACGCUAAUCAAUUAUCAUUGAAUGCACGAGUUGUUGUUACUAAAGCUUAUGAUGCUGAUGAUGACUGAGAGUAAUGACGUAUGUUUCACUGAGGACUUGCUGUGACCGUUUUGAUGAAAUAGACUGAACAUUAAAAUACCGACACCUGACUACAUCAGCAAUCAUGACUGCUCAAUGUACGUGUGCUCAGUAUACAAAAAGCACAAACACAUUCGAUAUCAAAGAUGAGCUCUCAGGACAGUCCCGUUUGCUAGUCGUAUUUAUUUUUAUAGCAAGUCUUUCAUACGUAUAUUGUCAGCCACUCCACCUGCCACCUGAGCGAUUUCAAUGUGGUUCCUCAAAUCUGACGUGCGAGCGCUGGGGUUACACUGCCUGUGUCAGACCUGACGGAGAGUUUUACUGCUUACCGUGCGGCCAUGAAUAUCUCAGAACAUUAUGUGGAACAAAGGAAGAGGUUCAAGGAUGCAAUCUUUACUGUACCGAGGAAACAGUGAACAGGGAGAAAAAGAGACUGCAGUCAGACUUUUCCUUGCAAAAGAAGAAUAUGAACAAAAACUUUACUAGAAAACUGGCAGAAAUACAAUCAGACUUCUUCAAGAAAUUGAUAGGUCAGCAGGCAAAGCUUGAGCUAUCUCAGAAAGAUAGAGACCUCCAUGUAAACAGAACAAAAUCUCUUGCUAUAGAACUCGAUAAGAAAGGCAAUGACGCGAAGUCCCUAAAACUGACAUUGUAUCUAGUGAUUGGAGGUUUUGCGUUGUCACAUGUAGCUUUAGGUGUAUGCUGGGGCAUCUGGUGUCGAAAUUGCCGGAAACGAGACAAAACAAGUGCAGAUAGCGAAACGUCAGAAAAGUCGAAUUUAUUGUUUAAUGGUGAAUCAGUUAUUGAAUUGGGAUCUGAGGCCAAAAUCAAACAACAAGUUCCUGUUACUGAUAUUCGAGAUAAUGCGACAAAAACUGAAAGCGACAACGUGAACAAAGAUUCCAAAGGUCAUGAAACAGAUCAAAGAACUGUAGAACAAAAUGAUAAAUGUGGUGAAAAUGACUGUCCGACGAAAGCUAAGUUCCAAAUGGUUUGUCCAACGUCUGAGAAUGGUUUUCAUAAAAUGGCCAUUCAAAGACAAGACAUGGACUGUCCAAGUCAGAAACAAAACUGAAUUAGUUUCAACCUAUAACAUCAGUUAAUGUUAUUUCAUUUGCUUUUAUUAUUUGAAAAUGCUGCUAGAUUGUAUUUGUAUGUCUGUAUUAAUCAUAAAUGAUUUUCAAUAUUCGCUACAAUAAAAAUGUUGGGUUUA